UCGACGUAAACACGUGCACUUCCAUGGUUACAGGUUUCUCUUUUUUCUUCUCCACCAUCCGUCUCCCUUUAUCGCAUUAUUCCCUGACAACUGCAGCGAUGGCGGAACCCGUGGCAUCGGACCCAAUAGCAACAGACGCAGCUCUUUCUCCGGCUGUAAGCCCGGGUUCGGAGCCUCCAUCCAUGGCGCUCUCUCCUUCUGCAGGCGGCUCCCAGCGGCUUCUUUUUUCCCACGAUUUGGUGUCAGGUCGGUAUCGUGACUUGGUCCGGUUCGGCCUAGUCAGAAUGAUACAAGGCGAGGAGGAGUUUGAUUCAGACUCGGACCUCGACGAUGGCGGAGGGAGAGGCGGUGGAGGUGGAGGAGGUGGCUGUAUCCCCUGUAACUCGGACACCGAGAGCAGUGUUGUGGACAGCCUGGCACCUCUGGGAAGGGGUUUUGUCCGGGUGCAGUGGUACCCAGAAGGAGGGAAACAAGACAUACGGGAAACAAAGCUGAAACUUGUAGAUCGAUCCAUCGUUAUCCGAGACAUUGUGCGGCGGAUGAAUUCUAACGACAACCAGUGUGGCAUCGUGACCAACAUCGACAUAGAGUGUGCUGUAAAGCUAGUGGGUACCAACUGUGUCCUGUACCCCGUCAACAGUAAAGACCUACAUCACAUCUGGUCUUUCAUGUAUGGGGACUACAUAGCCUACGACUUCUGGCUGGGGAAGGUGUACGACCUGACCAACCACAUCAUCCUCAAGCUGUCCAAUGGCGCCAGGUGUUCCAUGAAUGUGGAGGACGGCGCCAAGCUGUACGACGUCUGUCCACACGUCAGCGACUCGGGUCUGUUCUUCGAAGAGGCCUACGGUUUCUACCCAGGCCAGGUGCUGAUUGGGCCGGCCAAAGUCUUCUCCAAUGUCCAGUGGCUCUCCGGGGUCAAGCCCGUACUCCGCAAGAAGAGCAAGUUCAGGGUGGUGGUCGAAGAGGUCCAGGUGGCGGAGCUGAAGGUGACGUGGAUCACCAAGAGUUACUCCCCCAAGGGCACGGACAGCGUCUACCCCCCUCCGUCCACCAUCUCACAGGAGAACCUCUGCAGAGUGAAGCGUCUGGGCUACUACGACCACACCCAGAGGCAGCUGGGGGAGAGGGCCCUGUACGUGUUCCCAGCCAAGGGAGACACCACACACAUCACCUGUGAGUGGCCCGACGGAGCCCCCGGACUCCCAGAGGACCCCGUAGCCAGGAAGUUGAAAAGAAUGUUCAAGAAGGAGUUGUUGGGGAAGAAGACCAGUGAAAAUGCAGACACACAAGGUGCCAACCAGCACUCUACCGACAACACGGACUGCCUUGAUGGUGACCUCAAGCCUGACAACACCCACCCAGACUCCACCGAUCUCCCCCGUCCUCACCACCCCAACAACGGCCCCAACCACACCCACCAGCCCUCGCCCCUGUGCCCUCCCCCCUCUGACCCGUGGCCCGAGCCCGCAGAGCAGGACGCAGACGACGAGGCCGGGGCAGAGGACACGGACGACACGUUGUCGCUGACGUCGUCGGCGAGCAGCACUGCGUCGUCGCAGAGCGGCGGUCUGGGGGGCCUGAACAGGAAGAAGAGCAUCCCGCUGUCCAUCCGCAACCUGAAGAGGAAGCACAAGAAAAAGAGGACCAAGUUCUCCCGUGAGUUCAAGCCCGGUGACAGGGUGGCGGUAGAGGUUGUGUCCACCAAGACCUCGGCUGAUGUCCUCUGGAAAGAUGGCCGUAUGGAGACCCUCAUCCGCUCCAAUGACCUCAUCCCCAUCCAGCACCUGGACAACCACGAGUUCUGCCCCGGAGACUUUGUUGUCGACAAACGACCCCAAGCCCCUACGGACCCAGGCGUGUACGGGGUCAUCCAGUCGGGCGACCACAAGGGCAGGACGUGUGCCGUGAAGUGGAUCAAACUCAACGCCUCCAGCGACAACGUCGAGGUCAUAGGAGAAGAGGAGGAUGUUAGUGUGUACGACAUCGCCGACCACCCAGACUUCCACUUCCGUACCACUGAUAUCGUCAUCAGGAUAGGGAACUCUGAGAACGAGCGGAAUACAGAGUGUGAGAACGAUACGUCAGUAGGUCAGGUCUUCAGAGUGGACGUGAGCAGCAAGGUGGAGGUGGUGUGGGCUGACAACUCCAUGACCAUCGUCCUGCCACAGGUACUCAUGCACCUGUACAACGUGGAGUCUGAGAUCGAGGAGACUGACUAUGACUCUGUGGAGGAGAGCAGCAGUGGCCUGUCCACGGAGGAGUGGGAGGACGAGAGCGACAGCUGGGAGACUGAUAACGGCCUGACUACCAACGAGGACGACCAGCACCCCGCCAACGAGGACACCGCCCCCCCAGCCCCCACCGGGCCCAGCCCCUUCAUCACCCCCCCCGAGGAGGGCGGCAAAGCAGGGGCCACCACCCCCACCAAGUCCCCUAACGCCACAGAGGACCAGGAGGGAGCUGUGGCUAUAGCCAGCCCAGGCGCCGUUGCUGGAGGAACCACCCCUGGAGCUGGAGGGGGUGAUGCUGCAGAGAAGCUCCCCGGGAAAGAGGGCACUCCGCGGGGCUUCCGUGAGCUCAAGGAGGCCCUGAAGAUCCUGGAGAGCCUGAAGAACAUGACCGUGGAGCAGCUAUGGACGGGCGGCUCGCCUACCUCGCCCACGUCCGGUGCCGCGCCCUCCGCCAACGGGACUAACGCCAACAUCGCCACUGCCGUCACACCAGAGAAACCCACCAAGGAGAAGCGCUUCCUGGAUGACAUCAAGAAGCUUCAGGAGAACCUGAGAAAGACCCUAGACAAUGUGGCCAUCGUGGAGGAGGAGCGGAUGGAGGCAGUGGUGGAGGCCGGAGGAAGCAGUGCAGGAGGAGGUGGGAGUGCGGAAGGAGGAGAAAGAGGGGGUGAAGAAAGGCACCAGGAGGAGGUGGCGAAGACGCCAGGCGCGGCACCAGAGUGGCCCAGUGAUACGCCUGUCCUGUGCCAACAGAGUGGUGGCAAGCCCGGCGUCACCUUCACCAGUGCCAAGGGAGAGGUGUUCUCUGUGCUGGAGUGGUCACCAGACACCCACACCUUUAAGAAGAUGGAGUUCCAGCCGGCCGAGGCCAAGAAGUUUUUUAGCACCGUGAGGAAGGAGAUGGCUCUGCUGGCCACCUCGCUGCCCGACGGCAUCAUGGUCAAAACCUUCGAGGACCGCAUGGACCUGUUCUCGGCUCUGAUCAAAGGGCCCACACGCACCCCUUACGAGGACGGCCUGUUCCUCUUCGACAUCCAGCUGCCAAACAUUUACCCGUCAGUGCCGCCCCUCUUCCGCUACCUGUCACAGUGCAGCGGGCGCCUCAACCCCAACCUCUACGACAACGGCAAGGUCUGCGUCAGCCUGCUGGGCACCUGGAUCGGCAAGGGUACAGAGAGGUGGACCAGCAAGUCUAGCCUGCUGCAAGUGCUCAUCUCCAUCCAAGGCUUGAUCCUGGUCAACGAGCCCUACUACAAUGAGGCAGGUUUCGACAGUGACCGGGGCCUGCAGGAAGGCUAUGAGAACAGUCGCUGCUACAACGAGAUGGCCCUCAUCAAGAUGGUGCAGUCCAUGACCCAGCUGCUGCGGACUCCCAUAGAGGUGUUCCAGCAGGAGAUUCGGCAGCACUUCACCUCCAACGGCUGGCGCCUGGUGCACCGCCUGGAUGCCUGGCUGGAGCUCCACGAGCUAGCCGAGAGGGGCCCUCCACCAAGACCAUCCCGGGACAGGCCUCCCUCAGUGGGUCCUCUAGACGAGACGCUCCCCUUGGAUCUUCUGGCCCACAGCACCCCCAACAAGCACCAGGGCACCGGGGAUGAAGAGCUGGAGGACUCUGGCCUAAGCUUUUCCACCACCGCCGGCUCACAGCAGGAGCUCAGCCGGAACUUGGACUGCGACGGCGCCGUCCCGGCUAGUGAGGCGGCCGGGGCGAGCGUGGUGGUCUCCGGGUCGGUUAGGGGAGCCUCCUCGGACUCUGCGGGCGGUAGCCAGCCGGCGGUGCGACCAAAGAAGCGCAGGAAGAGCUACCGGAGCUUCCUGCCCGAGCGGAGUGGGUACCCAGACAUUGGCUUCCCCCUCUUUCCUCUCUCCAAGGGCUUUGUGAAGAGUGUGCGCUGCGUGCUGCUGCAGUACCGGGCCGCCCUGGCCGCCACCUCCAUCCCCGACCACGUAGAGGACAAGUAAGUGACUAGUGACUCCCCCAACGCCCACCACCACCUCAAUCCUCAGCCCACCCUCCAAGAGCUGCACUGUGCCCCCAAUGAUCUCCCAAAUGGCCCCUGUACCCUCUGAUCCCCCUUGCCCAGCUGCUGCCCAGUGCUCCUGUCCCUCGGCCAUCUAUCUAGUGCACUCUUGCCCCCCCCCCCCUCCCCUCCCUCAGACCACUAGAAGCUAACUUGGUGUAUGCACUUUCCUUCAGUGUCCAGAGUCCAGACAGUGGCCAGAUGUGAAGGGAGAGGAGUGGGAGUGUCUUAUGGAGAUCUAAGCCACGGACCAUAAGCGCCCUCCCCCAUAUGGGACGUUCUGAGCUCUCAUGGACACACAGACAAGGAGCGAGAGCCUCGACUGUAAGGCAGCGCCACACGUCUGCCCCUCGUGGACCCUGACGGACGAGGGAGGAGGAAGGAGAGAUGCAGAGAAGCUGGUUUGAUUAAAAAAAAGGUGCCAUUGACUUCCAUCGUCUAUAGCUGCUGUAAGGGGAAGUGGAAUUACCUGAAGAGAGACAUUCUUUGCGAAUUGGCGGCACAAAUUAAAAUGUUACUCCGCUGUGACAAUUGGAUCUAAAAAACUAAUUGGAGACAGUAGCCAUGGCGUCCUGGAAUCUGCAGGGUUAAAAAGUGCAACCCGGAUUGAUUCUCUAAGCUGGGUUUUCUCUGAACUACGUUUCCCAGUAUGCCUGGCUCCUUUGACCCUGGCGGGCACCCUUAGCACUGCUCCUGUGCCCUGUUACCACCCUGCACUCUCCAAUCAACAGACAAUCUCGGCAGGGCUGGGCACCUUUUGACAUGCUUACGUAUUGAGUUUCUUUUUAAAGUAGAUGUUACUGGGUGUUUGCUUUUUUUGCCCUGCUCCUCUUGUUCUUUCUCGCUUUAGAGACACACACUAUCGGAAUGUUAUUAACUGCCCACCUACAACCGCUUCACUCCGCUAUGUCCUUGCUGGUUUCCUCGCCAAUCGCUCGCACCAAAACGUGUCGUUGCAGAAACACUUGAGUGACAAGUUUACAUACUAAUCACCAUUUCUGGAUGUUAUAUACACUACUAGGCCCUACGGUACAUCGCUGGCUCUAGAAUAGAGGAGUGCAGUGACACGUAACUAUAUGAAGGACAGUCUGUUUCCUCUAGGUAAGGUCAAAUGAGCUCUUUAAUAUCUUUGACUGUAGAACGUUUCCAUUCUAAGACUUGAUAACUUUCUGACACUGUACAGACUUUUUUUUUUAGUUAUAUCACCCAUUUCGGUCUUAAGACUCAACUUGACAUUUUUUUUCUUCAAGGGAUCAAGGCUAGGUUGAAAAUAUACAGUGUUUCGAAAAACACAUUCAUUGGACCAGCGCAGUUGCUGAUUCUACAGGAUUAGCAUUGAAAACGUGACCAGUGGCUGUAGAUAAUUUGAAAAAAAAAAGAAACGUUUAAAUGAAUAGAAUGACAGAAACAUGUUUGUUGAGUAGUUAGCUGAAAUCCACUACGAUUGUGUUUAUUUUCCACUAUAAUGCCGAAAUUUAUCUACUGCUUAACAUGAACUUCCAUUAAUUUUCGUUCUGCCGCUGGUCCAAUUUAAUGUUUAUUUUCUAACGCUUCUCCAUAGAAUUAUUACGUUGUCUUAACCUUCUCCAUCUUCCAGGUAGUGACCUUUUUCCUUGCAGCUUUCAUUGACCUUUGAGUCACUUAAAGGCUGGUCGUUCAGAAUGGUCCUCCAGAGCUAUCCCACAAUCCUCUCUUCUGCUCGCUCAUUAGGCUACUACUACUAGAGGCGGAGCCACAACAGUGCACAUGACACGAGUAAAAACGCGAUCCAUUCCAUCACUAAAUGAGUCUUAUCUCAACAUGUUGCCUUACUUGAAUUGUUCUUCUUAUUAAUAUAUUAUCAGACCCUAUGUACAGAGCUGCUUGUUACCCCGGCCUGAUACCCACUACAUUCACCCCCAUUCCAGUGUUCAGAGGUUAGUCGUAUAACAUCAGAUCUGGGGUCAGUUUUCCCUGGACUUGUGCUUAAUUUAACCAUUCGGAGGUAGGAAAAAUGAAUAAUAAAUAGAACAAAAUAACUGAUCCCAGAUCUGCUUUGACAAUGGCAACAGCCCACAAGUUGAAUGAUGACGUUACACAGCUUCAGCCACUGUAUUCCAGUGUUACUCUCAACUGCUUGUUUGUUCGGUGAUGGAGAUUGAUAGAAGUUUGUAGACAGAGAUUGAGUGUGGAUGCAGAAGGUUUUGAUAAGCUUAUACUUGAUUUGGUUUUGUUCUUGCCCUUUUGCCUUGAGCACAAUGGAGUGUCACUGUUUGUCCCCAAGAUCGGAGUGCUGUCCCGUUCUCUUUAAUUUUCCCAGUUUAAAGGGUGAAUGAUGCACUUUUGACAAUAUGGCCUCUGGCAUAGUCAUGCUUGUACUUUGUGAUAUUACUUUUAUAUUUCUUUAAAUUAUUGCUGGUUUGUUUAUACUUGCUUGAACUGGGUAAAAAUGGUCAGUGUACUAAACUCAGCAAAAAAAAGAAACGUUCUCACUGUCAACUGUGUUUUAUUUUCAGCAAACUUAAUUAACAUGUGUAAAUAACAAGAUUCAACAACUGGGACAUAAACUGAAUAAGUUCCACAGACAUGUGACAAUGUGUCCCUAAACAAAGAGGGGGGGGGGGGGGGGGGGGCAAAAGUAACAGUCAGUAUCUGGUGUGGCCACCAGCUGCAUUAAGUAUUGCAGUGCAUCUCCUCAUGAACUACACCAGAUUUGCUAUUUCUUGUGAGAUGUUACCCCACUCUUCUACCAAGGCACCUGCAAGUUCCCGGACAUUUCUGGGGGAAAUGGCCCUAGCCCUCACCCUCCGAUCCAACAGGUCCCAAACGUGCUCAAUGGAAUUGAAAUCCGGGCUCGUCGCUGGCCAUGGCAGAACACUGACAUUCCUGUCUUGCAGGAAAUCACGCACAGAAUGAGCAGUGUGGCUGGUGGCAUUGUCAUGCUGGAGGGUCAUGUCAGGAUGAGCCUGCAGGAAGGGUACCACAUGAGGGAGGAGAAUGUCUUCCCUGUAACGCACAGCGUUGAGAUUGCCUGCAAUGACAACAAGCUCAGUCCGAUGAUGCUGUGACACACAGCCACAGACCAUGACGGACCCUCCAACUCCAAACGAUCCCGCUCCAGAGUACAGGCCUCAGUGUAACGCUCAUUCCUUCGACGAUAAAUGCGAAUCUGACCAUCACCCUUGGUGAGACAAAACCGUGACUUGUCAGUGAAAAGCACUUUUUGCCAGUCCUGUCUGGUCCAGCAACGGUGGGUUUGUGCCCAUAGGCGACGUUGUUGCCGGUGAUGUCUGGUUAGGACCUGCCUUACAACAGGCCUAGAAGCCGACAGUCUGAGCACUGAUGGAGGGCUUGUGUGUUCCUGGUGUAACUCGGGCAGUUGUUGUUGCCAUCCUGUACCUGUCCCGCAGGUGUGAUGUUCGGAUGUACUGAUCCUGUGCAGGUGUUACAUGUGGUCUGCCACUGUGGACGAUCAGCUGUCCAUCCUGUCUACCCGUAACGCUGUCUUAGGGGUCUCACAGUACAGACAUUGCAAUUUAUUGCCCUGGCCACAUCUGCAGUCCUCAUGCCUCCUUGCAGCAUGCCUAAGGCACGUUCACGCAGAUGAGCAGGGACCCUGGGCAUCUUUGGUGUUUUUCAGAGUCAGUAGAAAGACCUCUUUAGUGUCCUAAGUUUUCAUAACUGUGACCUUAAUUGCCUACCGUCUGUAAGCUGUUAGUGUCUUAACGACCGUUCCACAGGUGCAUGUUCAUUUAAUAAGCAUGGGAAACGGUGUUUAAACCCUUUACAAUGAAGAUCUGUGAAGUUAUUUCGAUUUUUGGCGAAUUAUCUUUAAAAGACAGGGUUCUGAAAACGGAACGUUUCUUUUUUUGCUGAGUUUAUUUAUUAACACAGGGAAGUUCUCUGUAUGGCCACCAGGGGUCAGUGUUUCCAUUCAUUGUGUGCGCCGAAGAAUGAAAGUAGCCUGAUCCCAGACCUGUAUAUGCUUUGACCAACUCCUUUAACUAGCAGUUGAUUUAAAGCAUAAUCAGAUCUAGGAUCAAGUGUUAAAAGGAGUACUGUGAAAGAAAGUGCAGAGAUUAACGCCAUCUGGUUCUUCUAUAGCCUAGUCCCAAAUCUGUUUGUGUGGUCUUUGCCAAGAAUGCACAAACAGAUCUGGAACUGGGCUAGUUCUGAUAGUGCUUCCUGGUUUAUUUGAACAGUCGUUGUUUACAUCCAUCUGAAAUAUAUUAUUAUGCUCUUGCUUUUUGCCAGAAAUAUUCUGUGGGUCCAUUACCCUUGUUUACCUUUGAGUUGAAAACGAGGGCGUUGACUAAUCUUUUUGCUUGAACAAAGAUGCUGAGUGUUCAUGAGUGUGAGACAGUACAAUGUGCCAUUGUCAAUGAGUGAGUGCAAAGCGUGAGACAAACUGAUUAUUGUAAAGAAGAAAAGGUGAAUGGGUUGUUGAUUUCAUUUAUUUUCUCCUCCCACCUUUUUAAAAGUAAUUCCUGUACCAAGCAUAGCAAUCAGGCUUCCAUUACUUCUCUUCCUCCUCGACUUUCUUCCUCUUUUCUCUUUUCCUGCCUGUACAGUAAGCUCUUAAGGACGUUCCUUUGCUUUCCCAUUUUAGGCUGCAGUACUUGUAGCGUUGCAGCCUUAGUUGGUUCCCACCAAACUUCUCCUGUGUUUGCAACCUUCGAUCUCUCUCUCUCUCAUGCCCAUGUUUUGCCACUAUUGCAAAAAAAACUGGAAAAAAUGUGAAGCCAGGUCUCAAAAAAAACAUGGAGGAUUUCAAGCACAUGAAGUUAUGUACGUUUAUAUUCAGACUUAUUCAUUACUGCGAGAGAUUUCCAGCCAAAGCAUGUAACAUGUUCCUUUAAGCCUUGAACAGACACAAGACUUUACUGUACGAUGUGAACAUUUCCAUUAAGCCUUGAACAGACACAAGACUUUACUGUACGAUGUGAACAUUUCCACAGUGGCCUGUAUUGGUAAACUAAUAAACUUAUGAUUUUUAGCCUGA